CGGGCAUUAUUUACAUUUGAAAACAGCCCAAAAUAGUAAUUCAUUGGUUCCCGUGUUUAAAUAAAUAAAUUUACCUAAUGAUGGUGACUUGUUUGAUGCUCCAGAUAAGCUCCCAAGGUUAAAUAAACGAGACUUAGCCCCAAAUCUUACACAACAUUAACCAGUAACGUAACUAUUGAUUAGUAUUAGUACGUUUACACCCGACGACUGGUCCUACUGACUGGUAGUCUUAAUUUAUGUGGUAUUUAUUUGCAUUUAGCUAGUAAUAGUAAUGAUACUAAAUUAUUAAACAUAGUUUUAGUAUAUUUAUUAUUAUAUUAUAAGUAGUACUAAAUUGUGUAGGAGUAUUUAAAUUAUUUGUGGGCAUUCUCCAUCAUAUUCUGACUUUCAUCACAAACCUUUUUUUUUAUUAACUUUCUGUUAAAAGUGCAUUAAAUUUAGGUGCAGUGCAUAAAUUAAUCGAUUUUUGCAUGAAUCUUGAAUGUAAUUUUAUGCUGCAAAGUAAGUGCUUUCUCUUCAAGGUUUCUGACCACACAGCUGCUAGUCUAUCGCCUUUGAUUCAAAGAUACAUCCUCCCAAGCGCACAUAUCAUCUCUGAUGGCUGGGAAGCCAAUGCUAACUAACAUUGGCAUAUACAUGCAGGAUGUUGUUCUUAUCAAUGGACCUUUGUUGAUCUUGUAGAGACUGAGGUUCACACUGAAAACGUGUAUGUGACCGAAGCACAAACUUCACUGUCAGUUUGGAACAUCCAGUGAACUGUUCCAUUCAUAUAUUCACUAAUUUUUAUUUGGCAACAAGUUUUGCAACCAAGAUAUGUUUGUGACCUUCUUGAAUAUCUUCUCAGAGACUAUACAGUUUGAAACACCUCCAACAACAUUUCUGAUAUUUUAUUUGUGUUGAACAUUAAUAUAUAAUUUAGGCUCCAAAUAUGCACUUUUACUAACUUUUAAAUAAUAGGUGUAAAAAAAUUAUAGGCUUUGCACUAACUUCAGGAAAGUGAAUUCAGUUACAAAGUAUGAUUCCUUUCCGAUUCCAAGGAUAGACGAUCUUAUAGAUCGCAUAGGCGAUGCCAACACGUGACCAAGAUAGAUCUACUAUCAGGCUAUUAGCAGGUUCCUCUAUCUGACAGAGCAAAAGAAAUCUCUGCUUUCUGUACUCCAGAUGGUUUAAGCCAAUAUAAAGUAAUGCCGUUUGGAAUGAAAAAUGCCCCAGCUUCAUUCCAAUGUCUAGUUAAUAACAUUAUUGCUGACCAGGAAAAUUGCAGCGCAUAUAUUGAUGAUUUAAUUAUUUACAGUCAAGAUUUUUCAAAUUAUGUAAACCAGAUAAGAUCUCUAAAACUUAUUAAUUGUAGUUAGCACUGUUUUGAGUUUCAUAGUCUUUUGCUAUUGUAUUUCCAAUAUGGUAUCGUCUUUUGUUAUGCAUUGUUUAGAACAAGCCAUAAACUUAAAAUAAGAGAUUAAUUUCUCCCCAUAGACAGCAGAGUGUAACAGUAUACAGCACAAAGUCCCCUCUUUUGGACUGAUUUUUUACAUUUCAAUUCUACUUACAGCAGUAAUCUUAAAUAAAAUUAUAAAAAAUAUUACUAUUUAGUUACUAAUGGUACUAAAAAUUAAUUAUUUGUACAAAUACAACAGGUAGGUGAUGGGACACCUACAUUUCCACUAAUAUCUAUUCUGUUGCUCUCCAAUUAAGUGGAGAAUAAUGCAAAACUAGAUUCAGGUAUGUGCUAAAAUGCAUCCCUGGAUUUUUAAUGUAUCCAAAAUUUCAUGGGGGAAGCCCCUUACCAUUUUUGCUUAGAAAACUUUGGCAUGCUUGAUUUCUUUUUCACCCUUCCCCUCCUAUCAAAGUUGCCAAACAGCAAUUUUAAAUCUACAAAAAAGCACUGAAUGUUAGUUAUUAGUAAUAAAAAUGAUAUCUUUGAACUGACAAAAUAUUAUCUCAUUUAAUUUCUUACUUUUACAAAAGUAAUAUUUCUUUUUUCACAGAGGAACAUCAACUCGUUUCUUACGUGGCACAUUCAGCUAAGACUUAUAACUUAUAGAACAUAAUGGAUUCACCUGACCGCAGGGAAAAUUUACAGCUGGUUGCAGAAUUAGAGGUACCGUAUCUUGGGCCUUGGGUGGUCUUCAUUUUACUCAAUAAUUAGAUAUUAACUUCAUUAAGUCAUGCAGAAAAAUUUGACAAUUUCCAUGCUGUCACAGGAUGGCUGUGACUACCUUUAGUCAGUAAUAAAAUGGGCUGUCACCCUUAAUUGUCAUGCAUUCCUAAGUGUUUGUUGCUGUGAGAGGAAGCAUACUCUCUUCAACCCUCUGUAACCACAAGUGACAGAGCAUCAACAGAGCAGUGCUGUACAGCCUGCAUGCAGAUUCAUGUUGUCCAAGGACUGAUUUUUAAUUGCCUGCCAGAGCAAAGAACUUUGUAUGAUUUAUGUACAAAAUAAAACAUACGGUGAAAAUAUUUUCAAACCAUUUUCAUUGAGACAGCAGUAUUGUUGGGAAAUUGAGUGAGAGAACAGAGGUCAAAGCACGGUAAAGGAAAUCAUAAUUAUUUAAAAGGUCAAGGGGUGGGCUAACUUGACAGGUUAGGUUGAGCAUAGUGGUAGCAUAGUGUGGGUCUUCUAGCUACGCUCCAGGAUAAAAUUUAAAAAUCACAGAGUAAUGCGGCUCGCAUGUUCUUCGCAAACGCAAUUCGACCAAGCUAAAACACUUCUGAGAGAGCUGCAUUGGCUGCCGGUCUGCCCUCGCAUAGAGUACAAAAUUGCAACUCUGUGCUACCGCUGCAUGCAUGACCUGGUGCCGUCCUAUCUCAAAAUGCUCAUGACACCUUAUGUACCCACUAGACAUUUCCGAUCAUCCGAUAAUGACAAACUCUGGAUACCGCUCGUUCUCCUUGAGACUUAUGGAAGGCGCACUUUCGCAUUUGCUGGCCCAACAAUUUGGAACGCCCUUCCUGUCGCUCUCAGAAACAGCCAGACACUGGAUUCCUUCAAAACUGAUUUGAAAACACAUAGAUUUUGCAAACACCUGUUGGGGUGAUGUUGUCUACCAUCUUUCCCAGCUAGCUAUUGUCUCAUAGAUAAUGUAUAUUGGCUUGUGCUGUUUAUGGUUGCAAAUGAUGAAUGACUUUGAAUGGGUAUGCUCGUAUGUAGUUUUUGUAUUGUUGCGUUUUGUAUUUCAAUGUGGUAAAAUAUAGAUUGUUUUCAUUUCUCUUUUAAUAUGGUUGACUUUGUACCCCGCUUCGAACCUUGGAGAUGAAGCGUGAUUUUCAAAUUAACUUUAUUAUUAUUAUUAUGCCUGAAACCCCAGCUGGUGUAAGUCCUUUUCUACAUCUUUGAUCCAUCUCAUUCUUGGUUGACCAGUGAGCCAUCUACCCUUAGGUUUAUGCCUGUAGAUCACUUUUGUUGCUUUAUAAUCCGGCACUCUGUCCAGUGCAGUCUGACUUUUUUAUUGUUGUGACUGUAGGUGGAUCUUUGUAUAAUUGAGAUAGGUCUUUGUUUGUAUGGAUUCUCCAAACAUCAAACUGUCCUGAAAACGAUAUCAAAUUAAUUUAAGUUAGACUUUAAGAGAAACCAGGAUUCUUGCAGGUUUGAUAAAUAAUAUUUAAAGAGGUGAAAUAAGCAGGAAAAGGUUAAAAAAUAUUACUAGCUGGGAUAUUAACUUCAGUGUGUCUAUUUGCAGUGCAAGAAACAGGAACUCCACUCCGCAAAUCAACAUCUUGCCACCGUCACAGCUAACCUCCGUCACCUGGAGGAUGAGAACACAGAGUUAAAGAAUGAACUGGAAGAGCUAAGUAAAAGACCUCAGAAUUCAAUAAGUCAAGAGCAAAUAAAGAAUGCUUUCCUCUUGAGGCAGCAGGUAAACACUGAGAGGCAAACUUUCUCUCCACCUUGCCCCCAAAGCAGGAUUUAUACACUAUGCUUAUUGCUACAAUAUGAACAAGUGUUUUCUGAUUAUUAUUCUGAUUUUGUCUUGCAAGGAACAUGUACCUUUUUUUUUUCUUCUUAAGAUACUCAUCAUUUAAAAGAAUGUUUAAGCGUAGUUAACUUAAAAAGUUUGAGUUUGAAAAAAUUUAUAAACAAUUUAAAAUUGGAAGCAAGAGUUUACAAUUGUUUACAGGCAGUUAACACAUAAUGGAAUAGUUAACAAUUGUUUAAAGUAGUUACCAGACUUUGUUACUGUGCUCCCCAGCCCCCCCCCCCCCCCCCCUCUUUUUUUUCCCCCCCCCCCCCCCAAUUGUUUACAGGCAGUUAACACAUAAUGGAAUAGUUAACAAUUGUUUAAAGUAGUUACCAGACUUUGUUACUGUGCUCCCCAGCCCCCCCCCCCGCCUUUUUUUUUCACCCACCCCCUCACACAAAUUUAGAAUGCCCCAUGUAUCAUGAAAUAAUAUAUUCAUAUAUGAAAUAUAUGAAAUUUUUCACACUUGUCCCCUUGUUUUUAAAGCCCUCUUUGUUUCACUAUGUCAUGUGUUUAUUCUUAUAAUUCAGUCAGUUUUUAUUCAGAUUUGAAUGCUGGGAGAUUUAAAACCACUUAAAUGAAACAAGAAUUAAUAAUGCUAUUUAUAUUUGUAAUAAAUUUCUUUUUUUUUUAAGAUUGCUGAAUUGCAGCAGUGCUUAGAAGAAUCCCAAAACUCUGAGAAGGAGGCCAGGGCGGAUGUUUUGAAACUAGAGAAGAGAAUCCAGCACUUGUUGGAAACAGCUCAUCCAGCCCCAGUGGCGCCCCAGGAAGAGGAUAACAUUGUCAGAUCUCUCCAUUUGAUGAACUCAGAACUUCAAGUCAAUAUUGUGUGUAUGAGUUUUGAGUCUUUUUGUUUUUUUUUAUGGAUACUCUCCCCUGGUCCUUUUUCUGAUAUUUUGAAAAAUCGAUUAGUGUGGUAAUCUGCAGUAGAAAAGAUACAGUAUGUUUUUCUUCAUCCAGUAACAUAAAAUUUGAAUAAGUUGUAAAUUGCCCCAAUCACCAAGUAAAUAUUGUUAUGUGUAAGAGAGUCAAUCUCCUAGUAAAUAUUGCUAUGUGUAAGGGAGUCAGCCCGUAUAGUCAAUUUUUUUUGAAAACUAGAUUCUGUUGGUUUUUUAUUGUUGCAGAGUGCCACGGAAUAAUAAGGUAACCAAGCUCUGAGUGUCACUUUGAUAGGCUAUGCUAUGCUAUAACAUGUGCUUACUCACCGACUUUAAUGUAGCUUAACGCCGUGUGUUGGGACCUAGCCUCUUGUUCUGCCCCUCAUUCAUGGCAGGUGACCAUUCUAUGAUGAGCACAUGACCCGUCCUCUCUUUUAGUAUGUUGACAUUGUUCCCCUGUGUGUCCUAUAUCGGGCAGGUCUAGGCUGCUCAUUUUCAGGAGCCUGCAUGAGGAAGCAAAUUUAUUGGUAUCUCCCCUUUCCAUAUUGAACUUUCUCUUCAUUAGUUUUUGCUUCUGGUUUUUCUAUUUCUCAUUACCAUACUCUCAGAACAAAUAAAAAAACUAUAGUUCUCAAGACCAGAUUUUCUCUGAUUUGUAAACUAAAUUUAAAACUGUCAGUCACCGACCAGUCGCCCUCGGAUACAUUAUAUAAAUGCACUUUCAUUUUACACUUAUGCAUAUAUUGUGAUAUUUUGGGGAUUCAAAUCUAGCAUUAAGAAAAAUGCUUUAGUACUUUGAACUUGGCUCUUGAACUAUUUAGAAUUAAAGGCACCUCACAAUAAGCGAUCCACCAAUGAGCCCAUUGUGUAAUCUAUAAAAUAUUUGGGAAACAUGCCCAAAAAUUUCAGUCAGUCAGAAAUGAUCGAUUUAACCCGCUUCAGAAAAGUAUUAUGAGUUUGGCUCAACUUGAUAACCAUUGUUGACAGGAGUCGCUGCAGUCCAAGCUGACCGAAGCCACAAACGAAAUGAGGAAUUUACAAAGUCAAAAGAGAGAGCUGGAAAAUGAGCUCAAAUCUAAGGAUGAGGAAAUUGAAUGCAUUGAGGGACAAUUUUCUUCUCAGUGCAACAUCAACGAGGUACAUAUUUAUUUAUGUUUCGAUAAAUAAAAGUAUAAAUAUUUUUGUAUCUGGUUUUUUUAAUUUGCUCUGUGACAAUCUAUAAAAAUAAUUUUAAAUGUUUGGUACAAUGUACUCCAAUUUUAUUGGGAUUUGUUUGUCCCAAUGUUGAUAACAUUGAUUUAUUGCCUUUAAGACUGAUCUAAGUUUUAUAUUUUUAAUGUGUUCUGUAAUUAAAUAGAACAUCUGUUUCAGGGUUUACGUGAGGAAAAUGCCGAAUUACGGGUCCAGCUUGAAUCGGAGACCUGCAAAGUUGACACCAAACGGAAAGGGAACUCUUUGUUUUCAGAGGUAAAAUAAUUGAACUUCUCUAUAGGCAUUGGUGAAAAAAUGUUUUGGAUGCAAAAUAGAGAUAUUUGAACUAAGCUUCUGCAUUAUGUACUAAUUCUUACUUGCUAUGUUUAUUUAGACUUUUUUUAUAAUAUAUAUAUUAACUUAAUACUGUUUAAUGCUAAUAUGAAAAGUAAGUUUACUUUAAGCUUAAUGAAAUAUAAUUUCUUUUCUAUUUAUUUUUCAAUUUUUUUAAAUAUUUGUCCAAAUGGGGCUCAUUGUAUUGGCAGGUGGAUGAUCGCCGUGUGGCAGCAGAGACAAGAAUCGUGAAGCUUGAAAGUAGUUUGGGAGAGGUUAAACAACAGCUUGCAAAAGAGCAAAGAGAGAAUAAGAGGCUAAAGGUAUUGAAUGUUUAGUGCUAACUCACUCCCACAGGCUGCCUCAUGCAUGCCUAAGAAAAGGGAAAGAAUCUUUAAUUUUAAAUGUUUUUCAUAAAUCUUUUUUUUUUUUUGCAUUCAGAAAUUGAUUGUGUAUUGAAAAGGAUGGCUUUGAUUUUUGAGAAACUAAAGAGGAAUGUCAAAUAACAGUAUACUUUCACAUCAGAGUUACACAAUAGAUCGACAAACAGUACAUGCAUGUAGAUUAAAAACUAAGCUUUAUUUUAAAGAACUUCGUUCACACCCAGAAUGAGAAAAGUGUGCCAUGAUUCUCAUUUGGUGCAUCUGUCAAGUAUGGAAGUUCAUUAAUAAUUGUUGCGACUGGAUAUUAUGUGCAGUUGUUUUUUUUUAGAAAUUAGUUUAAUUAGUUAGUGAAUGCUCUUCCUGCGCUUGACUUGGUGACAUGUUUUUAUGCUUAUCAUGACGUAUUGUCUAGUCUGUUUUGUGAAGUAAGUUUUGGUCGUGGGGCAGUUGUGAAAGGAACUUUGUGGAAUAAGGUCUUGUCUUAUUUCUCUCUGAUAGCAUGCCGCGAUAUACAUGUGUACAUGGAAUUAACAGUCUGUGAAUCUAAUUAUAGAAAAAAAAGUUGCAUUUAUUAUGAAAAAGGAUUUGAGAUUAUUCAGUGCCAGUACGACGUAUUACAAGGUGUUACAACAUGUAAAAGAACUUGAUGAACUAAACCAAUCUAGUAUGAAGAGGAGUUGACAGCAUCCCUUGGUACCCCCAUAUGACGUGUUUAGUCAAGACUGGUAGAAUUGAGUAGUUUGUAACCCAAGUGUCUUAUUAUAUGUUGUUGUUGUAUUAUUAUCUUUUCUCUAAUUGGUGACAACAGGGACAUGGAAAGUGGGCACGUCUUCCUCAGUGGAUAAGGAGUUAGGUCUAUGUGGUUGAUGUGGUGUCCUGGAGUGUUGGCAGUGAAAGGAGUCAUGUGGGGUGUGUGUUUAGCUGGUUAAGUGCAGACAUGAGACAGACAUGUCCUUGUCUUUUGAAUUCAGUUAUGGGGUCUUUUGGAUGCAGUGUAUGAGGUCUUUGGGGUGCCUUGUAUCAGGUCUUUUGGAUGCCAUGUAUGUGGUCUUGUUUUUGGCCAGGCAUGUGUGUAAUGAUUAGCUAUGAUUACAUGGAUUUUGCAUUACUUUAAAUUUGUUUUGAUAUUGAAACCACUUAAUAUAUAUUGUCUAAAUUAUUUUGAGGAGUUCAUUCACUUUAAAAAUCGCUGGUUUGUCUCUUAUUUAAACUUUUUAACUUAUCUAGCAUUUCAGAUUUCAGUAUCUUUAAAAUGUUAUUCAGAGCAUCAACCUGCAUCUUAGUCUUGAUUAUAAUUAUUCGAUUACAAUUACAAUUGAACCUUAUCAGUUCCAGACUCUACCGCAACAGGUGAAUUUCCGCAAAGCAGGAAUCUUUAUUUAUAAAGGGAAUAUUUUUUUAGUUAGAGCAUAGAAAACCUGGUUACGACCUAAAUACGUUUUUCACCAUUUGGAGCCUCUGAAAUGACGCCCAGUAUUCACAAAACAAUCGUAUCACCACAUAUUAGACAAAAUAAGAGAAAAUGAGACAUAUUAGACGUUACAAAUCUAUUAUUAUUGUACGUUUAAUUACUGUUAUAUCGCUGCAACAGGAACUCCAGCCGAGCAAGCGUGACUGUUUAUUGCAAUAUCCAUGUACAGGCUGAUCCAUCACGGACCGGCUGAUAAUUACAAUUGUUUCAUCACCGCUGCUACUCAAAUCCUGCAACUAAUAUGUAUAAAUGACUCGGACAACCGAGCGCGCGCUUUAUCAAUUUCACUAUCUCUAUCAACUUUUUACUGAAUAUAUAGUGUUUGAAAAAAGACGCGAUAGAGUGAAGUCGAAGUGGGAAGUGGCGAGGGUGGAGUGUAAUACAUUUUUACGUUAUUUCUUAUAAGACAUGCUACCUUUAUCGUCCCAAACCCAUAAUGCUUAAUUCAUGCUGUUCUGUUUUAAGCAGUAAACCUUUCGAGCAUCAUUUCCUUUAAUGUCCCCCCCUCCACUUCUUCCAUUCAGCAACAGGUUCUACUGCUGCGUCAAACCUCCGGGAAUAGUUUUGAUGCCGAUCAAGUGAAAACCUUGCAGCGUGACCUUGAAAAAAACAAAAAGCAUGUCCUCCAGCUCACAGAAUCCUUGCAGAAAAAAGACGCAGCCCUGGCCAAGGUUGGAUUAGUUUUAUAACAUUUAUUUUACUCCUGAUUUUAUUGUUUCUACCUCAGAUAAUCUCUUCAGAUUAUAAUAGCUAUUAUGGUUUUAUUGUCAUAAUGCAUUUGUUUGUUGUUUUUUUUUAAAUUGUAGGUACAGCCAACAAAUGAAAUGAAUGUGCCGGUUCUGGAUAAUCUCUCAGAUAAUGAUAAGAGCUUCAUCCGAUUUCUACAGGGUCUCGUCAGUCAAAAGAAGUAAGUAGAUCUCCUUAAAAGGAAGAAAAGAACAUUUUUUUUUUUUUGGGCUGAUUUUAAUGACCACUGAGGCAGAGGUAGUUUCUUAAAGUUAAAGCGCCUGGGGACCUCUUCUUUUAUUCUACACUUAUUGUGCUCAUCUUUGUUUAAAUGUGUAUUCAGUUUUGAUAGAGUCGUCAGGGUGUUUGGAUUUAUAAAUUUAUCUUCUCUUAUGGGUGAACAAAAAUAUAAAUUAAUACCCAUAAUGCAAUGGAAAUAAUCUCCUAUUUUACACAACAAGCAAUAAUUUUGAUUUUUCUCUAGAAAAGAGCUGGAGGAAUCUGAACGUAAGGCCCAGCAGAACUACCUGGACCAGAUGCACCUCGACCUUCACCUGACACAAGUCAGGAAUGAGCUGAUGAACAUGACGCACGACAGAGACAGGUUGAGGAGCAUGAACGCACAUCUCUCCAUGACUGUACAAGAAUUACAGCAGAAGUAUGAGCCGGGUGAGUUUGUGACUUUUGUUUAAAGUAACUGUCAUGUUCUUACAGCCUCUCACUUUGUCAAAGAGGAUUUCAGUAAUGGGUUUAUUUGUCAGAAUUAGAACUUUUGAUUUCUGUUAUGACUUAUUAAUAAAUGAAUCUAACAGUCAUAUACGUUUAUUAAAAUAAUCAUUCACUAGAAGUUAUUUUAAAAGGCACACAUACACACCCUCCAUCCAUAAGACAGCCUUCCAAUUAUAAAAAUUAUGUCUGGAUUUUUUUUUUUAUUGCCAGGUCAGAGUAAAUGUCUGUUUACAAGAAGCUGUCAAGUUAAACCAUUUUUUUUAUACAAGCAGUUGGUGAACAUAAACCUUCAUUUAUUUAUUUGAUUUCAAUUCAUCAAAGGGGUGAAUAAAUGUAUUUCUAUCUGUAACUUUAAACAAAUUGUAACCUUAUAAUUUAUUUUUUCCUUCCUUUUAUUCUACAGAACUGGUUUCCCCACAAACUAAAAAAAGCCUCAAGAUGAUUUCUGUAUCAGAAACCGCUAAAACCGCCUUACAUCCAAGGGACACCACCAACCUGCAACAUAUUGAACCCUCAAACUUGAAAUUUGACCCUGUUGUGAAGACUCCUUUGGAACAAAGAAAUGGGUCGAAAGAAAAUGUUCGGUUCUCAGAUGACCUUUUUAAAUCGAGCCAUAAAAAAUCUGUGAGUUUAAAAUCAGAGGUUAGUGUCAUUUCCCCCAAAGGGGAGAGAAUGGUUGAAGACUUGAAGGAGAACGAUGAAAGAGGCACGAGGUUACUCUAUACACAAAUUACAACUGAGGAAAUUCCUCAAGUUAAAGAGGAGCCUGACAAUUGCAGACAGCAGUAGAGUUUCCCACCCUGGUUAUGUUUAAAUUAUUCAAUUGGCACUACUGUUAGUGACAUUUUUUUUUUAAAAAUGGUCCUCCACAGUUUGUUCAUUAAGAAAUUUCAUUUAGCAUUCCUCUUGAGCAGGAAAGUGGAGUUUGGGGGAAUGAGGAGAAAAUGCAUAACAAGAACAGACAUUGCAACCCAACUCAUUAGCGUAAAAGAAUUCCUCCGAGUGGUCUGUUAAUGAAGCAGUUGUGUAAUGCUUUUCUUUCAUUGUCAUGGUCUGUUGUUGUUUUUUAAAUAUAAUUUCACUUCUUAAGAUGAAGUUCGCAGCUAUCAUUUGUCUUUAAUUCAGUUAACCCCCUACUCAAGAAUGGCUGCCUCGAUUGGCUGAGAAUUUCUUCCAGCAUUUUACCUCACCUUCCCUAGGCUGUGAGUGAGGUAGAAAAUUUUAGCCAUUGCCUUAUUACAGUGCUAACUAUGUCACCCUGCAGCAUUUAGCUUUUGAGCUACUUGGGUCAAUGAUGGUGGCAUGAAAUUAUAUUUUGUAGAUUUUAGCCUAGGAAUUUCGCAGCUGAGUUAUAUAUUAUUUCUAAGUCUCAAUGACAUCACUGGCAAAGCUGGUCUGUUCACAUGGUAGUUGUAAACAUCCAAAGGAGAUACCUUAAACUCAUUUUCAUGUCCUUAUACUUUUAGACAAAAGAUUUAUUUAAUGUAAUGAAUAUUAUUGAAUGCCUGUUACAAUAUUACAAUGAAUGCCUGUUACAAUAUUACAAUAAAUGACUGCUGCAAUCAUACUGAAUAUUUUCUGUUUUAAGAAAUACCUUUCAGUUUGAAAAUAAAAAUGUGGAAUUAUUGAUAUCAAAACACCAAUAAAUGAGAACAUGUAA